GAGAACGAUAGGAUCCGAAACCCUAUAAAAAUGGCGAGAGAUGAAAUGCCAUCAUCUCUCUCUUUCUCUUCCUCGUUUCAAGUGAGAUAAAAAGAACGGACUCUUAUGAGCACAGUUUCGGUUUUAAAUUCUGAGAUUUACUGAAAUUGGAAAGACCUGCGUUUCAAAGUUAGGUUUUGCUGAAGUUGCAGAGAGAAGUUAAAAAUCCAUGCAGCCUUGCAGCAGAGAAAUGCAAGGGAUGACUUCCAUAACGGCAAGCUUGAAUCCGUCUCAAAUCCCAGUUCCAGAGCUUCAGAACGGUCAACAGCAGCGGAUCCCAAACCCUCUGAUGCAUCAGGUUCAGGGCUCUCACUAUGAACACCCUUCUCAGGAUGAUUUCCUCGAGCAAAUGCUGUCUAAUAUCCCUUCCUGGCCUGAGCUCCCUGGGAACAAAUCCUCUUGGGACCUUAACCCUCAAAACCCUAACGCCACCGCCGCGGCCACCAGUAACGGUGGCAACCAGAAGCUCUUCAACAUCCCAAUCGGCGGUUCGACUAACAAGCCUUCAGAGGACCAGUCGGGUUCGCAGACCGAAAAUCUUCACUACUCUUUCGACGAGUCGACUAUGCUGGCGUCUCGGUUGAGACAGCAUCAGAUAAGCGGUAAUUCUCCGACUGGCAAAUCGAUGAUGCUUCAGCAACAUCUGCUCCUCUCGAGAGGCGUAGGUGGCGGUGGCUUGACUAGAUCGCCGACCGCAGCUCCCGGCGGCGAGCACGGUCUUCUUCCGCUUCCAUUAACCCUAGGAAGUGCUGAUUCCUCAGAUUCUCGACUCAUUCUUGAUCGAUCUCGCGAAGAUGUUGUCGACGGUUCCUUCAAAUCUCCCACUGGGGAGGGUUCAGUUCAAGCUCUAUACAAUGGCUUCACCGGAUCUCUGGCUCGGACGGUUCAAACAGGGAACCAACAGCAUUUCCACCAUCCUCAGAGCGGUUCCAUUUCGAACCAAAGCUACGGUGCUCCAUCGACUGGGAUGAAUCAAGCUGCCCCGGCUUCAGGUGGUCAGGCUCAACCAAGGCAGAGGGUUAGGGCUAGGAGAGGUCAGGCCACUGAUCCUCACAGCAUCGCUGAAAGAUUGCGGAGGGAAAGAAUUGCAGAAAGAAUGAAGUCUCUGCAAGAACUUGUACCCAAUGCCAACAAGACCGACAAGGCUUCCAUGCUUGACGAGAUCAUCGACUAUGUUAAAUUCCUGCAGCUCCAAGUCAAGGUUCUGAGCAUGAGCAGAUUGGGCGGUGCAGCAGCGGUUGCUCCCCUGGUGGCCGAUAUGUCCUCAGAUGCCAGUGGAGGAGGAAUUGGUGGUGGACUUGGACGGAGCAGUAACGGUAAUCAAACGGCACCAUCAUCAAACGACAGCAUAUCUGUAACGGAGCAUCAGGUGGCGAAGCUGAUGGAAGAAGACAUGGGGUCCGCUAUGCAAUACCUGCAAGGGAAGGGUCUUUGCCUCAUGCCCAUCUCUCUCGCCACAGCCAUUUCCACUGCCUCUUGUCACUCUAGAAACCCUCCGAGUGGCUCAUCCACUCCACACCCCCAUCCCAACAACAACAAUCCUCUAGUGUCCUCUAAUGCUGACGGCCCUCCGUCACCGAGCAUGUCGGUGUUGACUGUCCAGUCAGCCAGCAUGGGUAACGGCGGCUUUGACACGUCCGUCAAAGACGCCACGUCUGUGUCCAAGCCGUGACGGAAGAAUAUGAACGAA